AUGUGGCGCGGGGCGCGCGGGCGGGCUUUGGCGGCGCUGGCGUUGGUGGCGGCGGGCACGCUACUACUGCGAGCGUGGCGCAGUGGACCUGAGGGUGCGAGACGUACGGCCGGAGCGCCGGUGGAGGGCCGAGAGCUACCACUCAUUUUCAUCGGUGGAGUACCGCGCUCGGGCACGACGCUGAUGCGGGCGAUGCUGGACGCGCACCCGGAUGUACGCUGCGGGCAAGAGACUCGCGUGGUGCCCCGUAUCCUACAAAUGCGCCAGCAUUGGGUUAAAUCGCAGCGAGAGAGCGUGCGUCUAGAACAGGCCGGCGUGUCCAAGGCGGUGCUGGACAACGCAAUCGCUGCCUUUUGCCUCGAGGUUAUCGUGGGCCACGGCGAUCCGGCGCCUCGCCUUUGCAACAAAGAUCCACUGGUCUUGAAGAUGGGCACUUAUGUGUUAGAACUGUUUCCCAAUGCUAAGUUUGUAUUCAUGGUCCGUGACGGUCGGGCCACAGUGCAUUCCAUCAUAACUAGAAAGGUGACGAUAACGGGCUUCGACCUGACGAGCUACCGCCAGUGUCUGACCAAGUGGAACCAUGCAGUGGAGCUCAUGUACCAACAGUGCAAGUCUUUGGGCCCGGCCCGUUGUCUGCUCGUGCGCUACGAAGCGCUAGUGCUGGCGCCGGAGACAACGCUGCGCGCCGUGCUGGCCUUCCUGGAGCUGCCGUGGAGCGAAGCUGUGCUCCACCACGAGCGCUACAUUAACCGGCCAGGCGGAGUAGCGUUGUCCAACGUGGAGCGCUCGUCGGACCAGGUGGUUCGGCCUGUCAACCUGGACGCGCUCGACAAGUGGGUGGGCGCGCUGCCGCCCGACGUGCGUGCCGAAAUGGCCGACCUGGCGCCUAUGCUCUCCGUGCUCGGCUACGACCCCUGGGCCAACCCGCCGCGGUACGCCUCGCUGCCAGGCCUACCCGACGACAAACGCACGCAGCCGCCGUGA